AUGGCAACUCACAGGGGGCGGCCAUGGGCGCGGAUUUUCUCCUUGACCGUCCUCGUCCUCGCUUUUACGGUAGUUGUCGAUGCCUCAACUGGCGACAAGCUGCCAGAAUUUAAGGAUUGCCUCAAGGUCUGCAACGCUGAAAACUGCUCCCCUGAUAAACCGCAAACUCCAAUCCCUGUUCUACAUCGACUCCUAUUCUGGACUUGCGCCAGCGAAUGCGAUUAUGCCUGCCAGCAUAUUGUAACGGGUCAGCGCAUGGCCGCGGGCCUCACGGUCGAACAAUUCUACGGGAAAUGGCCCUUCUAUCGCUUUCUCGGCAUGCAGGAGCCCUUUAGUGUCCUCUUUUCGCUCGGCAAUCUCUGGGCGCAUUGGGAUGGCUUGAAGAAGGUCCAGUCUAGGAUACCGAAAUCCUAUUCCCUGCGAAUAUUCUAUGAUUGGCUAGCGUAUGUCGGUAUCUCCUCUUGGGUUUUCAGCUCUAUCUUUCAUACUCGUGAUUUCCGGUUCACCGAGGAGCUUGAUUACUUUGCUGCUGGCGCCAAUGUCCUGUACGGUCUGUACUACACAGUCGUGAGAGUUUUCAGACUGGAUAAACGCACCCCGCGAAGAAGAACCACCCUACGAGUUUGGUCGCUCGUCUGCGCCUCUCUCUUUCUCGGCCACGUCUCGUACCUCAAGUUUAUCCGCUGGGAUUAUACAUACAACAUGACUGCAAACGUGGCAGCAGGGAUCGUGCAGAAUGUCCUGUGGACCUGGUUUAGUUUCAAGAGAUAUAGGGAGUCGAGGCGCAUGUGGGCUGUUUGGCCCGGUUUCGUGGUUGCUUGGAUUAUAUUUGCCAUGAGCAUGGAACUGUUUGAUUUCCCACCUUGGCUGGGUUGUAUUGACGCUCACAGCUUGUGGCACUUCAUGACGAUUGGACCGACAAUUCUAUGGUACAACUUUCUAGUCAAAGAUGCUCGGGACGAUAUGGCUGGAAGCCAGAGACUCAAGCUUUAG